AACCUUUAUUAAUUAUUUAUCAUAUAUACAUUUUAAAAAAUCUUGUAGUUAUAGAAAAGUAGUAAUAAUUUGAAGAAGGUACCUUUUCUGGAUUCACAGCGUGAUAAGGCUUAAUUAGCUUUGUCACCCGACCAUACCCCAUCUAACGCAUCUUUAUAAAGACAAGGUAGUAACUGUAAUACAGGGAAAAGUCAGAAAUAUUUACCUCUAUUGCCGACUCUGUUCCCAUCAUCGGAUCUCUUGUUUUCCGUUUCACUUCAUAAAAGUGUGUCAUCAUCUGCCACUCUCAACCCCCAUUCCUUUCAAAACUGUUACAAUUUUGAUCCAAACUCCUUUCUGCUUGACUCUUUUCGUGAAAAAAGUGUCGUUAAUGGAUGCUGUUGAUAGGAUUCGGUACAGGUGCCAAAGAGAAAUUCCGUCUUUCUCGUCGACUUUGCUUGACAAAAUCUACCGAUCGAUCGAUGAAAGAGAUGGCGAGGAGAAGUCGGUAGUUUAUAGAGAAAGUGUGAAGAAGAGACAAAGCAUUGAUGGUUGUUUCCAAGUUGAUGGUAGUGGGUCGAAGAAUAUGAGGGGAAUGGUUGUUGGACGAAAAUCAGUUGCAGGUUUUGAAAGUAGUUCCCAACGAAGUGAAGGUAACUCCUUCUUCUACAAUUCAACCCUCGGUUCUUCCUGUUCUGGAUAUGGCGUCGGAUUUUCGUCGUCGUCGGAGGCUGAAACAGUAUACGGAUGUCCGGCGAGACCUAAACCUAUUCGUACGAGCACCCACGAUGCCAAUGAAUGCGACAAACAGAGUGUUACGUAUCCCCAAAAUCAUCAACCUGAAGAUUUGCAACCAAAGGGUAAACGUAAAGGCAAGUUUGGGAAGACGAAAUCGGGAGCUAUGAAGAUCUAUGGUUACCUGAAGAAAGGAAAGCGACCGCUUUCUCCGGGAGGUCGGUUAGCAGCUUUUUUAAUUUCACUUUUCACUACUGGAAACGCGAAGAAAUCAUUCUGCACUGGAGGUGACGAUGAGGCGGUAAUUCAUGGGAAAAGGGAAUCAAAAUCGGCCAAUGCUUCAAUGCCUUCGUCGGUAUCUUCAUUUUCACGAUCGUGUCAGAGCAAAACUCCAUCGUCGUCGUCAAGAGGAAACAUAAUCACCACCGAGAUAAAAAGAUCUGUGAGGUUUUAUCCAGGCACUGUGAUUGUCGACGAACAUCGUCAACCUCGUGAACGCAAAUCAGUUAACGGAGACCGAUCUGAUUCACUUUCGGUAAAAUUUGCCAGGAAUUCAGUCAGCGAAGAGAUACAAAAGCAUUCGACAGAGAACAAAUUCCAUAUCGAAGAAACUAAGAGAAAUUUAUUGAAAAAUUACCAGAAGAAGGUUGAUUAUCCGUUUGAUUCGAUUAAAACUAAUGCCGUUACUGACAACGACGAAGACGAUGAAGAUGACUCUGCAAGCUAUGCAAGCUCCGAUCUCUUUGAACUGGAUCAUCUUUCCGCCAUUGGAAUGGAUCAAUGUAUGAAGGAAUUGCCACUUUACGAAACAACUAGUAUUGCUGCAAAUCGAGCCAUUGCUAAGGGUCUCCUUGUAUGAUCCUCAGCAGCCAUAAACCAAAAUAUGAAAAAUUCAAAAGUAUAUGGCCACUUGGGAUGAACUUAUUUAAAAUUAGAUAUGAUAUAAAAUCAGUACUUAGGAAAUUAAUAUGUAAGACGUUCUAUCUGUAUUAUAUUUUAGGGUUGAAAUUAUUAAAUAAAAUAUAACGGCUAACUUAUAACAAAACAUUAGAGUUUAAUG